AUGUCACCGCACCGCUUCCGCAGGCGCGGCCCCCCGCAGCGACAGAACCUCUCCAACCUUCGCUAUCCCUCACUGACCCCCUGUGACAACUUCACGGUCGCAGGAGGGCUAUGGAACUGCCAGUCUGCUACGCGGAAGGCUGACUUCAUUUCGGCCUACGCGUCCCUCCUCUCUCUACAUUUCCUUGCCCUCACUGAGACCUGGAUCACACCAGGCAACACUGCAACCCCUGCAGCCCUCUCCUCCUCCUUCUCCUUCUCUCACACCCCCCGCCCGUCUGGCCGUGGUGGGGGCACAGGGCCCCUGGGAAGCUUCGUCGAUGAGUUCGACACCCUGCUCAGCUCCUUCCCAGAGGAUGGCACCCCACUGAUCCUCCAGGGAGACUUCAACAUCCACCUAGAUGCCUCCCAGUCCGCAGCCUUCCUGCCCCUACUCCACUCAUUCAACCUCUCCCUGAUGCACUCCCCACCAACACACAAGGCUGGCAACCUCCUAGACCUGGUCAUCCUGAGGAAUUGCUCCUCCUCCGAUCCCACGAACAACCUCCUAGACCCCCACCAGUCUGGCUUCAGACCUGGUCACUCGACAGAGACCGCACUCCUCUCGGUCAGUGAGUCGCUUCACGCCGCACAAGCAGCCUCCUGUUCGUCCGUCCUGAUCCUCCUAGACCUUUCUGCUGCCUUCAACACAGUCGACCACCCCAUCCUCCUGUCCUCCCUGGCAGCUAUGGGGAUCUGUGGCACAGCACUAGACUGGAUCGAGUCCUACCUCUCCGGUCGCUCCUUCCAAGUCGCCUGGGCCAGUGCAGUAUCGGCACCUCGCCCCCUUGCCACAGGAUUUCCCCAGGGCUCAGUCCUUGGUCCACUGGCUGCCUGUUAUGGCUCGCAUCAAAUUUAAGACUUUGGUGCUUGCAUACCAGGCGGCUAAGGGGUCAGCACCAGGAUACAUCCAGAGGAUCAUCAGACCCUACACACCAGCCAGACCUCUCCGUUCUGCCACCUCUGGACGCUUGGCACCUCCCCCUCUUCGUGUCUGUACCUCCCGUUCUCGUCUGCUGUCUGUCCUGGCCCCUCGCUGGUGGAAUGACCUUCCCUUGGCGGUCAGAACAGCAGAGAAUCUGACAACCUUUAAGCGCAGACUAAAGACUCAUCUCUUCAGGCUGCACCUCUCCCCACCCCUCCCUAGCCUCUAGUUUAGCUCUACUCUACUUACCUCAAUGUACCUAGUUAGGCUAAUGUUAUCUCGUUAGUUUUGUAUUUGGCAGGAUUGUUUUGUUUGAUUCUGAUUAGGCAAAUGUGAUUUCAGUGCUAGUUUUGUACUUGGCAAGAUUGUUGUUUAUUUGCUCAACAGGUUACCUUACAGGGUUGGAGUCCUGAUCUAUGUGGUCACUUCUGGCACUACGAUCUUUACUUCACUCUAGUGUUUUUCUGCACCUCUGCACUUUUAACUGAUGCACUUGCUGUACGUCGCUCUGGAUAAGAGUGUCUGCUAAAUGCCUGUAAUGUAAUGUAAUGAGUUGGAGUCUGACCCAUAAAAAUCACCAGGUCUCUUGUCUGGUGACGCUCUGUCAGGCCUGUGCUGCAGCCAUCUUCAGCUCCUGCUUUUCUUUCAGGGGCUUGUUUUGGUCAGUUUUCUCUUCAGCAUAUGAAAUAUGCUGCUAAAGCAACAAAGAUGUUUUUCAAAGCCAAAAACUAGAAAAUACUCGGACUGGUCAAGUCAUUCACUUGAACUGAAUGUAACUGAAAAUGCAUUUUCAUAUGCUGGA